AAAGGCAAAGGCCAGAUGAUCCCAAAAAGCAACAGAAAUCCGUCUGGGUUACAUUCGGAAGCAGAGAGAAAGAAAAACAAAACUGGUCUCCUUCUGCCGGAUAGCAUUUCAGUAAUCAUGAGUGGAUGCCCUUAUUUUGGAGGCAAACAUAUAUCAUCGCAGAAAUCGAACCUAAAAGAGGAGGAUGACGAAUCACAAAAGGGUGUCAACAAAGCCAGCAAGGGUGGCGUCGUGUAUGGGGACUACUUGCAACUGAAUAAAAUAAUGUCGGCACAAAUCCUGCAGAGUGAACUCGGCGGGAACAAGAUCCACGACGAGCAUCUCUUCAUUGUCACCCACCAAGCUUAUGAACUCUGGUUCAAACAGAUUCUUUGGGAACUUGACUCAGUCAGAGACAUUUUCAUUAGCGGUCAUGUCAGAGAUGAAAGGAAUAUGCUGAAGGUGGUGACUCGGAUGAACAGGAUAGUGAUGAUUUUCAGAUUGCUGGUGGAUCAGUUUGCAGUACUGGAGACAAUGACAGCUUUGGACUUUUUCGAUUUCCGAGAGUACCUGUCACCUGCCUCUGGUUUCCAGAGCCUCCAGUUCAGACUUCUGGAAAACAAGAUAGGCGUCCCAGACAGCCAGAGGGUGCCCUACAACCGGAAUCACUACAGGGACCAUUUCCGGGGCAAGGAGAGCGAGAUGCUGCUCCGCUCUGAGCAGGAGCCCACACUGCUGCUGCUAGUGGAGAAAUGGCUGGAGAGAACCCCUGGCCUUGAAGACGAUGGGUUCAACUUCUGGGGCAAACUGCAGAAAAAUAUCGAAGAAGGACUGAGACUGCAGCAGGAGAAAAUUGAGCAAAAACCGGAUUCGGAGGAAACAAAGGAGCAGAUGGCUGAACAUCAAAAGCAGGUGGAGAUCUUCAGGGCGUUGUUUGACCAAAGGCGGCAUGAGCACCUUUUAAGCAAAGGUGAACGAAGGCUGUCCUACAAGGCAUUGCAGGGAGCGCUGAUGAUCUACUUUUACAGGGAGGAGCCACGUUUCCAAGUCCCGUUCCAGCUUUUGACCUACCUGAUGGACAUCGACACUCUCAUGACGAAGUGGAGAUACAACCACGUCUGCACAGUGCACAGGAUGAUUGGCAGCAAGGCCGGCACCGGAGGGUCAUCGGGGUAUCACUACUUACGCUCCACCAUCAGUGACCGCUACAAGGUAUUCGUGGACCUUUUCAACUUGGCCACUUUCUUGGUGCCGCGGGAAUGGGUGCCGAAGCUGAACCCAACAGUGCACACCUUUCUGUACACAGCGGAGUGCUGUGACAGCUCCUACUGCAGCAGCGAGGACUCCGACUAGGAGGUGGAAACACGCCCAAGCCAGAGCCUGUGUACAUACCGUCAACUAGUGAUGGACAAAAUGACAUUCCAUGAACCAUUUGCUGUAUUUCCUGAUCCCACUUGAUGGUGCUCUUGGUUUGCUUUGGGGCAUGCACCUUUUUUGGACAGAGAGCACCAUCUAGUGGGGUAAAAAAAUACAGCAAAUGGUUCAUGAAGUGUCAUUUUGCCCAUCACUACUGCCAAUACAGCCAGAAAAGCAGCCUCUGACACUGUAAUUAAUGUAUAUAUAAUCAGUCAGUACUUAAAUACAUAAUUAUCAUGUUUAUUUGGAAAUUACAGUCCUGGCUAUUCAGAACAGGUAUUAAACUGUAAAAUAAUAUUGUAGGAAAAUAUUUCAAAACUACUGUUGAUUACUUUAAAACAACACACACUUUUUUCGUGGUAGAAUGCACAUUUUAAUGUUUUCCCCUUGUGUUUCAUCUAAUAUUUUAUGAUAUUAUUGAAGUUCAUAAAAAUAGCUUUAGAAGAUUGUUUGCGGUAUGAUUGCUGCCCUUGUGUUUGUGCAUGAUUAAUCAGUUCCACAAAAUCUGUAGGAAAUAUGACAUCUUGAAUGCCUGCGCAUAUAGUCUGAAUGUGGAGUUUGUGGGACGGGAAACCUAUUGAAUUACUGUGAUUGGUACAAAUAAAUGAAAAUAUACUUCA